UACCGGGGGAGAUCGGGAAGCUCCUCGAUCUCGCUCAGCUAGACCUCUCUGCUAAUUCCCUCCGAGGUAACAUCUCUGAGUUCCACAUCUCCAACCUGACCAGGUUACAGUGCCUGUUCUUGUUCGAUAACCCCCUCUAACCGUGUCGAUAGACUACGACUGGAUCCCUCCUUUUCAACUUCAUGUCGUUGACUUUAGUUCAUGUGUGUCGGGUGGUAGAUUUCCCGGCUGGCUCCGUUGGCAACAUUCCAUCAAGAGUAUCAAUCUGUACAAUACAGGCAUCGAGGACACCCUGCCCGAAUGGUUUUGGAACUCUUCUUCUUCCACUAUUUUAGCCGUUGACUUCUCCCGCAACAAAAUUUGUGGUGCUCUACCGACUUCCUUGGAGAGUUUGACCCAACUAUAUUACCUAAAUCUCGCUUCGAAUCUACUCGAAGGUCCAAUUCCUCAUUUUCCACCGAGCCUCUCUUUGUUAGACUUAUCUUUUAAUUUUUUUUCAGGGCCACUGCCAUCUACCUUAUUCACACCGCAUUUAUCUUACUUGAUCCUCUCGCAUAACCAUAUUAAUGGAAGAAUUCCCUCUGAUGUGUGCGAUUGUAUGCGGCUCGAGCGCUUCAACUUAUCGAACAACCAAAUAUUCGGAGAAAUUCCUGGAUGUUGGCCGGAGGGCUCACUCCUCAGCUUCGUGCAUUUGGGAAACAAUAUGCUCUCUGGUGAAAUUCCUAGCUCGGUUGGCAAUUUGACUCGACUCGAGUUCUUGCACUUGAAUGAUAAUAAUCUAAGUGGGCGUCUUCCAUUCUCAUUGCAAAAGUGCAGUCAGUUAUUAGUUGUGGAUCUCGGCGAUAACAAAUUCUCUGGAAAUGUUCCUGUGUGGAUCGGGCAAAGUUGGCUGCAAUUGCGUGCUCUUCGAUUGCGCUCAAAUAUGUUUGAUGGUGAUAUUGCUCCACAACUCGGGCAACUAAGGGAUCUUCAAAUUGUUGACCUCUCAAACAAUACAUUGUCGGGGCCGAUACCGGAUUCUUUUGGCAAUUUCAGUGCAUUGAUUUCGACAUCGGCAAGACCACUCCCUCCAUUUUUCACAAUGUUUGUCGGAAGCGGAGAUUAUGAGGGAAUUGAAAGUAUGGCUUUGGUUACGAAAGGAGAUCAACUUAUGUUUUCUACUAUUCUUUAUCUUGUGAAGACUAUAGAUCUUUCGAGCAAUAAUUUAUCGGGUGAGAUCCCUAAAGAAUUAGGAUAUCUUGCUGGGCUUCAUACUUUAAAUUUAUCGAGAAACUACUUUAGAGGCGAGAUUCCAGAUGACAUUGGAAGGAUGGGUUCAUUGGAGACUCUAGAUUUGUCACUUAAUUGCCUUUCUGGGCGUAUUCCUCAAGCUAUGUCGGAAUUGAAUUAUCUAAACCACUUGAACUUGUCAUAUAACAACUUGUCAGGGGAAAUUCCCUUCGGAAAUCAACUUCAAACAUUAGACGAUGCAUCCAUUUAUAUCAGCAAUCCUUAUCUUUGUGGAGUCUUAAUAAACAAGAGUUGCUUCAACGGGAACAAUAUCAAUGCGUCAAGUGAAGAAUAUGGAAUGGCCUCUCAAAUGUUAUCGAUCUACCUAAGCCAUGCACUUGGGUUUUUGAUUGGAUUGUGGAGUGUGUUUGUCCUUUUGCUAUUCCAGAAAGAUUGGAGAAACUCUUACUUUAAAAUGAUCGAUAAAGUUUAUGAGGCGACCAAGAUAAAAAUGAGGAAUUAGAUGUUCUAAAAAAGUCGAUAAUCAAUGUAGUAAUAGGAAGAAGUUUUUUUUUUUUUACUUUAGAAUUGUGAACUUACAUUGCAAGACAUGUACUAUGUCGAGCCAUCUGCUC